AUGGAAAACGAGUCCCCUAUUAAGUUGAUGUUAGUCAUUGUCGAUGAAAAUACAAAUACUCGAUGCUAGUGCAGUGAUACAUUUGCAAGUCAACGCCAUCCCCAAUCGAUGACGUCACCGUCCACGUCACCCUCCCCCCUUAUAAGAAGUGUGUAUUGCUAUUGCCGUUGCUUUCUAUCAAACCUCCCUCUCUCUCUCCCAAAACCAAAUUAACAUGUUCGGCCACAAACUCCCUUACGACUACACGUCCGACUUCCAGAGCCAGUUCCCGCUCCCCGACGCGGCGGCGCAGCCAUUCCCGCCGCCUCCACUCUUCAUACCCAUCCCGGGCGCCGAGCACGACUCGCUAUCCGCAUUGAGGUCGGAGAUCGGAUACACCAGCAGCGGCUGCAGCAGCUAUGGCGGCUCCCCCACCUCUUACAGCCCCACCCUCAUUCACCGGAGCAUCUCUCUUCACAGAAACAUGGACGCCUACUCCGCCAUCAACUCCGCUCCCUACUGCGACUGCGACACCACCUCUGUCAGGAAGGUGCUCAGCACCGGCGAUUUGCAGGGAUCGCAACAACAACAACAACAGAAUCAAAGAUCGUUGGUGAGCGAGAGCAGUAUCAUAGAGAGCAUGAGUAGAGCUAGUCCUUAUAGUCCGGAGGAGAAGAAAGAGAGAAUCGAGAGAUACAGAAGCAAGAGGAAUCUUAGGAAUUUCAACAAGAAGAUUAAGUACGAAUGCAGGAAGACAUUAGCAGACAGCCGGCCACGAAUAAGGGGCAGAUUCGCUAGGAACGACGAAAUAGACAAGCCACCUCAGACUCAAUGGGAACAACAUAACCAAGACGACGACGAGGAUGAUGAUAACUGGAUCAAUUUUCUUGAUUCAUUUUCCGCCAAUCUCAUUCCCUAAUUUUUUUUAUUAAUAAACUAUUUCAGAGGUUGUUAGAGAUUCUUCUUUCAUAAUUUCAUGAAAUGUCAGUGUUUUGAUUGUUUCAGUUUCUUAGAAAACAAAGGAAGUUUGCUAGAUGCAUGGUCCAAUACUUAUUGCAUAACAGAAGAAUCUCAUGUAAGACUGUUUAAUUAGCCAAGACGAAUGAAAUAGUAUUUCAUUAGAAACAUAAGUUUGA